AUGGCCCGAACGAUUGCAGUGGCUGGAGCGACUGGUAGUGUGGGACGAACAAUUACUGAGCAAAUCUUAAAUGAGAACAAAUUCUCUGUGAUUGCUCUGACCCGAAGGGACCCGGAGCGAAUUCUCGAGUCCGCAAUCAGCAACGUGCAGUAUGUGCAGGUUGACUAUGAUAACAUUCUGAAUCUCGCACAACAAUUAGACGAACAUGCAGUGCACACGGUGAUAUGUGCCAUCGGCAUGUUGGGGGAUGACUGCUCCGAAGCCCAGCUCAAUAUAAUCAAGGCCGCUGAUCAGGCAUACUCAGUACAAAGAUUCAUCACUAGUGAAUUUGGCUAUAUGACCCAUGAAGGAAAAAGGCACAUCGAUCCGGGUGUUGGCUGGUUCCUGGAAGCUGCUGAUCUUCUCAAGAAGACCAAUUUGACUUAUACCCGUCCAGUGUGUGGGGCAUUCAUGGAUUUCUUGGGAGCGCCACAUAUGAGAUCGAAUAUUCCCCCGAUACCCAUAGCCGUUGACGUGUUGAAUCGAGAAGCAUACAUCCCGGGGGAUGGUAACGCAAUUUUAACCAUGAUCUACAGCUAUGAUGCUGCUACCUUUAUUGCAAAGCUCCUCGAGCUGGACGAUUGGCCUGAAAUUAGCUAUUGUGCGGGGGAGGAUAUCACCUUUAAUCAAGUCGUGCAGUUAGCCGAGGAAGUUUGUGGAGAGAAAUUCAAAGUGAUCAACUUGAAUGCAGAAAAUAUCGACAAAGGCGAUAUCCCACUGCUCAAGGCCCAUGAAGAAAUCGACAUACCACCAGAGGAGAUUAAGGCAUAUAAUGUCUUUGGUUACCAACUUUAUCUCGCCGGCGCGUUUCAUUUACCUAGUGAAGGACGAGUUGGAGACAGAUUUCCGGAAUUUGAAACGAAGACUGUUUCGGAAUUCUUGAACCUGGCUUGGGGGUCUCGUACCUAG